AUGUCUGACGUCCAUCCUAAAGACCCGGAGAUCAGUCACUAUACUGCCUCCGAAGCCUCAGCCGACUUGGAGCUACCAAGACCAAUUAACCUCGAUGACGACUUCUCAAAUCCCGACACAGUUCUUACCUUCGGCGCUUGUGAAGUUCAUAGCAUUCCGGUCCAACUGACCGUUGCGGCAAUCAAGUCAGGCGAAGAAGCUUACAUCCCUGACGAUGCUCCACAAAAGACUGCGGGAGGUUUCACAGAUUUCGUCAGCUUCUCUUGGAAGAAUCUUCGACGAGCACCAGAUCACAUUUAUACCCCAAAGGAGGACCAAACUUUCAACACGUUCAAGAAAACACAGGAAUUAACCCCCAGCGGAUACAGGGUUGUUGCAAAGGAAAAGCAAAUAACCAACUGGUAUACUGGAGGCUUCUGUCGAUCCACUGAAUUUGGUGAUGGUUAUAGUAUUCAGCCACAGUUGGAGCAUGAAGCUAUCAGUAAUUUAAUUGAUGAAGUGAAUACUGACAUCAGCUUAAUUACGUUUGACACCGGACUCGACGCCGCCAUCCAGAAAUCUAGAGACACAGGUGGCAGUGAAGUCACUUGGACAGGUACAAUGCAAGGCAUGAUCCUCAAGGAUCCCCAAUUCGCCGAAAGAACAUUCGAGGAUUAUCUUGUGGGUAUCUAUUCAAUCGGAUGA